GUUCACUUUUUACUUCUUCUUAUAAAUUAAAGAAAUAAGCCAUCAGCUUAGGUGUAAAAAUGUCGAGCUAUGCUUGCGCAGUUUCUUCAGCUCUGCAUGCUCUUAACAGGAGGAACAAAGAAUCAAGAAACACUCAUCGCUCUAAUGGCCUCAAAUCAGUCGACUUUACAACUUCAGCAAGACGUGGGAAGAUCAAAUCAUUGCAGGCUUCUCCAAAGAGAGAAAGAGAUCCGAAGAAAAGGAUAGUGAUAACUGGAAUGGGCCUUGUUUCGGUUUUCGGAAAUGACAUCGACACUUACUACAACAAACUCCUUGAUGGAGUGAGCGGUAUCACUCCCAUUGACAGAUUUGAUACAUCAGAUUUCUCUAUUAAGAUCGCGGGUCAGAUUCACGACUUCUCGUCUGAGGGAUACAUCAACGCCAAGGAUGAUCGUCGUCUCGAUGAUUGCUGGAGAUAUGGUUUGGUUGCAGGAAAAAGGGCUCUUGAUGAUGCUACCCUUGGCAAACAACUACUUGCUGAUGCAGCCGUUGGAAUUAAUUAA